UUUACGAUAAUUCCAGCAAAGUGGAGAAAAUGGGCUCAGAUGACACCAGUACCAAUUCCAGUGAAGCCUUUGUCGAACGCGGCGAGCGCAUACAGAAAGGAUUCCAAAUCAAUUAUAUGAUUUUACGUGAUGCCGAUACGGGCAAGGUGAUUUGGCAGGAAAACAAAGAUUUCUCCUCGCCCGAUGUGGAACAUGAGGCCAGGGUGCCAGUGAAAAUACUCGAUUUGAGGGCAGUGUCACGGGAAAUCAAUUUCAGCACCAUUGAGGCAAUGGAAAACUUUCGCCUGGAUCAAAAGGUGCUCUUCAAGGGACGCAUUAUGGAGGAGUGGUUCUUUGAAAUGGGUUGGGUGGGAGCGAAUACCACAAAUACCUGGCAAUCGACCAUAGAGGCGGCGCCGGAAUCACAAAUGAUGCCUGCUAAGGUUCUAAAUGGUAAUGUGACCAUACAAACCUGUUUCUAUGACAACGAUACACUCAUCACCAAAUCUGUAGUGCGACUUUAUUACAUAUAGACAGG